GGCCCGGCUCAGACCCCCGCUCCCUGAGCACAGGCCUCUGAUGUCAUUUCCUGACCUGCCCUCCCCCCGCGCCCGACCCGCGGGUGCCCGAGAUCUGACUCACCGUCCCCCUCCGGGCUUAGCCGGCGGAGGUAGGGCGGGUGCCGCAGAGGUAGCCACGCAGCCCCUGUGCGCCUCCGGCCCGGCCCAGCGACCUCCUCUCGGGCCUGCCGUUACCCGGUCCCCUCCAGCCACCACCCGCUACCCGACCACCUCCGAGUCCGCCUGGGGUGGCCGAACGUAUGGAGCUGGGCUCCAGGGUGCACGAGAAUGGGGGAUGAGGAGCGGGGCGUUCUCCCACCCAGCACCCCCCAGCUGACUCUGUGCCCGGAGGGGGUGUGUGAGCCGGAACCUCCAGCAUUCUCGGGGAUACGAACUUCCAACGCUGGGCAGCCUCUUAAGGCUUCUAGGAAUUCGCAUCCUCCGCGCCCCCGCCAACGGAUCGGUUGCGAGAGGGACCGUUCGGGCCCGCGGGGCCGGGAAUGGAGGUGGGAGGGCGGGGCCGAGGCCGCGGCCGCCUGCGGACUGGGGACCCGGGAGGACGGACGCGGACGCGGGCUGCUAGUCUUUUACGGCUCUUCAGCGCCCACCACUACCCACUCCUCUAGGAGAACCCGGGCGACGGUGGGGCUCUUGGGCAUUCUGAGACUGCGCUUGGUGGAGCCCCCUACUGGCCCGACCGGAUUUCUCAGCCUGCUACUCAGCCCCAGGCUACGCGAAAGAGGCCGGACCCGGCUUUUACUGCCUCCUGAGGCCUUCCUCUUGUUCACACUGAGUGUCCAGUCCCUCCAAAUCUGACUACACUCUACUGGCAAGGAACACCUGGGCCAUGUUUUAGAGAUCAUCCGAAGACUAACCCCAAAAGUUUAUGAAGAGAAAGCGGAGGACAAGCUGGAGAUGGACCCGGGUCACACCCAGGUAGAGGCAGGAUCUAAACUGAAACUGGUGUCAAAUCUGGUUGCCUUGCACCCCUGAUACCAGGUGAAGCAACACUGGGCAGGAUAGAGCAGAGUGAGGUCAGAGUGUGAAGAUCCAGCCUGAUGCCCAAACUGACGCCUCUUCAUUCUCCCCCGCUCCAUCUGUAAAAGUCAAGGGUUAAUCCAUCUACUUUAUUGCAUUAUAUGGAGAAAUAAAUGAAAUGUCAUAGCUGUAUGCUCUAUAA